AUCCUUGAUUCAAGCUUUUUUUAAACGUGUACUUUGAACCACAAAUUAAUAUAUUAUUAUAUACUAUCAUUAUAUAUAUAUAUAUAUACAUACAUAUAAACUUUACUUUGUGAUAAAUUUGAAAACCCCCUUGGAACAUCUAAGAAUUUUUGUACUUUAUAUAACGCACCUGUUGAAAGUUUAUUUAUCUCAAUACCGAGAUACCGAGAGAGUAGAUAAGGUUAUUUACAAUUUACCUUUAUUUCUCAAGAAUAGGCCACAAUGAACACCAUGAAAACAUCUUUACUAUUAUUUUCGGUGGUGUUGGCCGUUAUCAUCUCAUUAGUGGAAUCUAGGUGUGGGACUUCUGGAUGUGCUUGCAGUAACGAGCCUAAUGGCAAUUGCUGCCCUGGAUACAGGUGUGGACAACAUCAGAGAUGCGUCGAACCAGCAGUGGUUGAGAGGGCAGAGUUUCUGUACCCCUUCCAGUACGACUGUGGCUACGGGUACAACGACUGUGGCGUGCCCCAAUAUGGACCACAAUUUCCCCAAAUUGGUUUCCCCAACUACGGGUACUAUGGCGGAUUGGCUGCACUGGGGAACAAUUAUGUGGGCCGAGGCUUUGGAGGAUACCGCACCCCCUUCGUCAACUACUUAUGAUUCUAGUUAUUAUGGAUUUAUUGUUAAAUUAUUUGUUAAUAAAGUAUACAUUUCUAUA